AAUUUUUCAUGAUAGAUGGUUGAUAUCUUUCACAUUUUACUUCGAUUGACGGUUCCUCUCGUGACAAACAACGAUGAAAGACCUUCUUACCUCAGAGCUCAAGUGAGAUUCUCUGAUGGGGCCUUCACAGCGACAACAACUGGGAAUCAAGUGAGCAGUAGAAUAAACAGCUUAGUCAACGCCAACGCUCUCGUUGUUAUACCAGGCAAUUAUAAAAACUACACUCCAUUGGAAACGUUCCACACAAUCUUAAUAGGAGAUCUGGCCAAUUAAGAACUUUCAGUUUAUACUUGAAAUUCUUCAGUACUAGCUCGAAUAUUCGUUAAAUGUUCUCGUACUACUUAAUUGGUAACUUUUAUAGUGAUGAAAAUUCGAUAAUCGUGUUAUGCAUUUAACUUUUCACAGUAA